AUGCCGUCGAAGAAAAAGUCCACGGCUUAUGAUGCCGAGAAGGGGGAGCUUCUGCGUCAAGCGGAGAUGCGCAAACUCGCCGAGGAGCAGGAGCGUCUGCGCAAGCUGGAGGCUGAGGCGCGGCAACGGUUGGAGGAGGAAUGGAGGCGCGCCGUGGAUGAUGAGCGGCAGCGGCAGAUGGAAAUUUACCGCGCCAUCACCGAGCGGGAGUUGCGGUUGGCCUUCGAGAUUCGUGAGCAGCGGCUGAGUGAGGCACUCGAGUGCAAAGACCGCGAGACCCGCGAGCUCCGCGCAAAGUUGAAUGGGAUGCAGCUGAGCGUGGACAACCUGAUGCAGGAGCGGGAAUCCGCCCUGCGACGCGUGGCCAUGCUGGGCAACGAACUUGAGCUCGCACAGAUGAAGAGCGUCGAGGCAGAGGCGGUGCUCGAGGAGCGAAUUCGCGAGACGCGCGCACGACUGCGGGAAGUGGAAGGCCUGCGCGACGAGUCAACGGACGCAUACCGUGAACUGAAGGUGGAGUACGAGCGUCUUAGGCGGGGAAAUGAGGAGAUGCAGGCGCAGUUUGCCGCCAUGCAGGCGGCGCAGACCACCGAUCUCGCCGCUGUCGACACUCAACUCUUACAGGUGAAUCCGCAGAGCACAGACGCCGAGACGGCGCUUCUGCUGAAGGUUCUUCACGAGGAAGUAGAGAAACACCGUGAGACGGCGCGCUUGCUUCAAUCUGAACUCGAACGAAAGGGUCGUGACGACGAGAAGGGAAGCGUGCUCAUCAGCCUUCUUAACUCCCAACUGGAGUCCUCGCGGGACGAGUGCAAGCGGCUGCAUGAGCUAUCCACGGAUAGGCGGAGGGAACUAGAGGCCGUGCAGUCCCUGCUGGACGGGGAGCGUGAGAAGACCAAAACACUCUACCGUGACCUUGACAAGGCCUACGCGGAGGCGACUGUGGAGCGUAGGCAGUUCACCCUGGAGAUUGGUGUGCAUACGGCGCAGGUAGGGCAACUCUCCAAGACCCUGGAACAGGUGAACGCGGAGCUGGUGGGGUUGAAGGAGGAGUUUGACGCCCACCGUGCCAAGGCCGCGGAACGUGAGCAGUACGACUUCCAGGUGAAUGUCUCCCUCAGAGGGGAGGUGGAACAGCUCAAGAAGGAUCUUGCUAAAAUGACGGAGGAAAUGCGUAUUGCCGGCGAUGACGCGUACACAAAGAAGGCGCUUUUGCGGGCGGAAAUUGAGAGUCUUAAGAUACGACUGCAAAAAAUGCAGGAGAACGCGGAAAAGAAUGAGCGGGAGGCGUUUGAGACGAUAGCAGUGCUGCGUGCCACAACAGAACGGCUGCAGGAGGAGAAGGCGGCCACUCUGCGUACCACCGAGGAGGAAAUGCGGAAGUUGCGGGACAACCUCAUGUCCGUAAGCGCCGCACGCGACGCCCUUCAGACCCUUUCCGAGGAGUUAAAGGCACAAAAGGAGGCGGUUGAGAAGGACCUUUUUGAAAAACUCCUCCGCAUGACGGCCAACCAUGACCGCCUGCAUGAAGAUCUGCAGCAGGUCACGGCGAAGUUCGCGGCUCGCGAGAAGGAGUACGUUGAGAACGCCAUUUUCCUCAACGCGGAGAAGGAAACACUGAAGAGUAAAGUCGAGGAGCUCAGUGACAAGCUUGCGCAGCGGACGCAGGAGCACGCGCACCACGUGCAGACUAUCACGGAUGAACUCACCACACUCAAGAUAAAGACAGAGAAGCAGCUGAAGGCACACCAGAGUGCCCAACAGUCGGAGGCGGAACGCGCUAGCAAUGCCGAGGCGGAGGUGCAGGCACUGAAGCAGCGGGUAGCAGAGCUGCAGCUGCAGAUGCAGAUGAAGCGACGUGAGCGUGAGGAGGCGGAGCAUGCGAUGAAAAGUGAGAUUCGUGAGCUGCGGAUGGAACUCAAUGCGGCGAAGCGUACAAUUGAGCGGUUUGAGUGCGCCCUCGGUGACACCUCGUACAAAUCUUUGUGUGAGGCAAACGACCGCAUGCGUCGCGACUUGGAGCAGCAGCGCGAGAAGGUGGCGAUGCUCAACGACACGAUUGCCUCAAUGAAGGUGGAGUCAACCAUCAUGGGAAGCUACAAGGAGAAGAUGCUCGCCGACAAGAACGAGCAGUACUCCAGACGUGUCCAGCAACUAGAGACGUUACGACAGAUGAUGAGCCCACUCUUUUUUGAGCUGCGCUCCAUUGUCGAAAGACACGGCCUUGCCGGUGUACUGCGCCGCGACCUCGACGCAUUUGACGACCACGUGCGACGCUCACGUCUGACGUCAGGGCAGGAGAAGCGGCACAACACCCCCGCCUCCUCUGUAGAGAAGGCCGCCGUAGCAACGGACGCCAAAUGCCACGCAUCAACUGCCGACGACGGCUACCCAACCUUGCCUGCAGUUGACACCCGCACCGCAUCGCAAACCGACGAUGCUGAAAACCACCGUUUUGUUCCACGGAAGCCGGUCUCCGCAGAUUCGAAGCCGCAAAAACAACAACAGCAACAACAACAAUCAUCCACCACGAAUGAACUUCCAAGCAUUUUUUGA